GUUUGGAUUGUAUUCGAUCACAUAAAAUACCACAAAAGGAAACCAUUCCAUAUGGAUUGCAGUAUCGAAAAAGACGAACUUAAUGUAACUAAUUGUAGCAAUUGGGCAAAUGCAGGAUAUUGUCUUUCAAAUAAUGCCACACGAUUUCUUUGGUGUCGUAAAACAUGCCUUUGUGUCGGACCACAACAUUUAUGA